CACGACUUUCUUCCUUUUCUUCAUCCACGGAAAAGCAAAAGCAGGAGACAAAAAACUUCUCGGGUCAAUUGAAGCAGAGGCUUAUUGGAAUCCGAAAAAAUAACUGGAAUAGAAUUUUCAACAUGUUGCUCAAUUAAAUAAUUUUCAUUUUUUUUCCGCUCCGCCAAGACCUCUUUAGCACUAAACCCGCUUCGUUUUACUUUGGUUUACCCGCUCUUCGUCUAUCCGAUCCCGUUAUUUUUUACUUUUUUUUUCCUCCUUCGGAAAGCCAUAGAAUGAGCAGACUCCGAAAGCUCUUACCACCAUUGAACUUUAUCACCAUACAUUAUGUAUACUUUCUUAUUGUGCCUCUAAUAUCAUCUGUUGUGUUCUGGGGCUCGUCGAACCCCAGAGCCAGCAUCAGCUAUGUCGACAGCUUAUUUCUGGUCACCUCUGCUAUGACAGAGGCUGGCCUUAAUACUGUCAAUCUCAGUCAGAUGACCACUUGGCAACAGGUGCUUCUUUGGUUGUUGAUUAUCAUUGGUUCCUCCAUUUGGGUGUCCAUCUGGACUGUCUUAGUACGCAAGCAUGCCUUCGAAGCCCGCUUCCAAGAGAUCGUGCGCAAGGAGCGUAAACGUAGCCUUGAGCGGCGUAGCGCCAGUUUAACACUCCCCCCAAUCACUCGCAGACUUAGGACCUUAGGUAGGAGCAGAACAGGGCAGGAUGGUGGCGAUGGUAUCCCUUCUUGGGAGCAGCACCCAGCCAUCAAUCUGCCCGUCAUAUCUCGCCCGAGUGACAGGAGGCUAGUUUCCGCCAUUGUUCCUCCACAGCAGGACUCAGAUAUCCGUGCUAGCGGCUCCUUUACCCAUGCUCAUAGCGUGGGUGUAGCGGCGGAUGUCACACCAGCUUCCGGUAUUACGGAUGCCGAAGAGAGGGAUACAGGGGCUUCGACUGCUACCGAGCACAUCGUGUUCGCUGAUGAUCUUCGUUCAGGGGCCAGGUCGACAUCUAUCGCUCCUAGCGGUACUACCGCGCAAAGACACCUGUCAAGCACCGACACAGCUGUUAACCCUCGCAGCUAUCUAAGAGGACAUAAAGUCGGGCGCAAUGGCCAGUUUCAUGGUUUAACGAGUGAGGAACGCGAAGAGCUUGGUGGCACUGAGUACCGAGCUCUCAAACUCCUUUCUAUCAUCGUUCCGCUGUAUUUUUUCCUGUGGCAAUUCCUCGGCUGCAUCUCACUCGGCGCAUGGAUAGCAAACAACCAACCGGGACCUGCCUUGGAGAAUGCCAUCUCGCCUUGGUGGAAUGGUAUAUUCAAUGGUGUAUCUGCUUUUAAUAACAGCGGCAUGAGUGUGCUGGACGCAAAUAUGAUUCCCUACGGAAGUUCAUAUUUUGUACUCAUCAUCAUGGGACUAAUGAUUCUCGCUGGCAAUACGGCGUAUCCUGUCUUCCUACGAUUCAUUUUAUGGGGCAGUUUGAAGCUAUUGAAGUGGGUGACCUACGAGAACGAUUUGGUAGAAUGGAAGGAAACGCUUGAGUAUAUCCUCAAAUACCCUCGGCGUGUCUAUACCAAUCUCUUCCCGUCACGUCAGACAUACUGGCUUGUUUUCAUGCUCUUUGUACUCAACGGCACUGAUUGGGUAGCAUUUGAAGUGCUCAAUCUCGGCAAUUCGAGUCUUGAGCAAAUUCCUCUUGGGUCUCGCAUCAUCGAUGGACUCUUUCAAGCUCUCGCUGUCCGCUCGGGAGGGUUUUACGUUGUAUCCAUCCCCACAUUGUUUAUCGGCCUCCAGGUACUCUAUGUUAUCAUGAUGUAUAUCUCCGUGUAUCCGGUUGUGAUAACAAUGAGGCAUUCAAAUGUCUACGAAGAACGGUCUCUAGGGAUCUAUGGGGAAGAUGCUCUAUAUAGUGACUCUCUAACUCGUUCUAUUUCGCGCGGUCAGUCGAGUAGUAAGUCUCAGUCUCUAAGUCGGAUGAUUCGCGCUGCGUUUGCGGAAUGGUAUGGAGUUGGGGCUGCGCCGGACCAACGAGAAGAGAGCCGUAUUAGCUUCAUCAGCCACCAGAUCCGUGGACAACUCUCUCACGACUUGUGGUGGCUGGUCUUGGCUGUCUUGCUAAUUAUGAUCAUCGAAACCAAGCAUUUUCUUGAAGACCCAGUCACCUAUUCGGUCUUCAAUGUUGUUUUCGAAGUGGUCUCCGCUUAUGGAUGCGUGGGUAUCAGCAUUGGAUUUCCAAACGCUGCGUAUAGCUUCAGUGGUGGACUCUACCCUGGAAGCAAGUUAGUCCUUUGCGCCGUCAUGAUAAGGGGUAGGCACCGCGGAUUGCCUGUUGCUCUUGAUCGCGCUGUCAGACUUCCCAGCGAUGAUAUGCACAUCGUCGAAGAGGAAGAUCAUAUUCGUAGGUCCAUGUCGGUGAGGCGACCAAGUCUUGACGACAUGGACAUAUGAUAUGAUGAUGGCCGCCUAUUAACAUGGAUAGGAGUUCACAGUAUGUUACUCCAGUUUCUAUGCUAAUUGUUUUUCUGCAAACGAUGCUAUUGUAGCAAGGUGGAUACUAGUUACAUACCACAGUAGUUAGACACCGAUGAUUCCACCCCUAUUUAGGCCAAACUAGUCGGAUUGCUUUUCUAAUGUGAGUUCCAUAGCCUCUCAAAUAUGUCACAUCUAGGAGCAAUUAUAUGAAAAGAAAUUGAUGUCCCCUAUGCCUGGACAAUGAAAUACCUAAAAUCUUGACUCC